AUGGUUCCCUCCGCUUGGAGGGAGGGCCGAUGGGCAAUCCGAAGCAUGCUGUGGGUAAAUAAGGAUGUGGAAGCGGAGCAAGUGCCGAUCGAGUCGCCGGACCUGACCGCAGCGGUCAUCCGCCUCCCGGAGCGCCUGAUAUUUAUGGCAUCGGUCUACGUAGAGGGCGGAGAUGCCGUAGCGUUGGACGACGCAUGUGAUCGCCUCAGAAAAGCAAUCAGUAAGGUACGGCAAGACGCGGGAACGGUGGUGGAGAUCAUGAUCGUGGGAGACUUUAACCGCCACGAUCAGCUCUGGGGAGGAGACGAAGUGUCUUUGACAAGACAGGGAGAGGCGGAUCCAAUCAUCGACCUCAUGAACGAAUUUUCUCUUAGCAGCCUACUCAAACGAGGCACCAAGACAUGGCACGGCGGAGGACAGAAUGGGGACUGCGAGUCCACGAUCGACCUCGUCCUGGCCUCAGAAAACUUGACACAAUCUAUGGUCAAAUGUGCGAUACAUGGGACAGAGCACGGCUCGGACCACUGCGCCAUUGACACCGUUUCUGACGCCCCGUGGCCGGCUCCACAACAUCCAGAGCGACUUUUGCUGAAAAAUGCGCCAUGGAAGGAAAUCAAUGCCCGGAUUGCGACGGCGCUCGCCGCCACCCCGUCGGAAGGCACGGUGCAGCAGAAAACCGACCGACUCAUGUCUGUGGUGUCGGAGGCGGUGCAUGCUUUGACGCCGAGGGCCAAACCGUCGCCACACGCAAAGCGGUGGUGGACGGCGGACCUAACACAACUCCGCCAGAUAUACACAUAUUGGAGAAACCACGCCCGCUCGGAGCGACGGGCAGGGCGAAAGAUGCCGCAUCUGGAGAACAUGGCCGCGAGUGCAGCGAAACAAUACCACGAUGCAAUACGGAAACAAAAGAAGAAGCACUGGAAUGAGUUUCUGGCCGACAACGAUAAUAUAUGGGAAGCCGCGAAAUACCUAAAGUCGGGAGAUGAUGCAGCAUUCGGGAAGGUCCCACAGCUCCUCAGGGCGGAUGGAACUAUGACCGCCGAUCACAAAGAGCAAGCGGAGGAACUGCUGACCAAAUUCUUCCCGCCACUGCCGGACAGAAUUGACGAUGAAGGGACCAGGCCGCAGAGAGCGCCCGUGGAGAUGUCUGCCAUCACUAUGGAAGAGGUCGAACGGCAGCUGUUGGCGACAAAGUCUUGGAAAGCACCAGGUGAAGAUGGCCUACCAGCGAUAGUGUGGAAGAUGACGUGGCCCGUGGUCAAACACGGGGUCCUGGAGCUGUUCCAAGCGUCGCUGGAUGAAGGCACAUUGCCCAAGCAGUGGAGACAUGCGAAGAUCAUACCGCUCAAAAAACCGAACAAAGAGAACUAUACGAUUGCGAAGGCCUGGAGGCCGAUUUCACUCCUCGCGACACUGGGCAAGGUGCUGGAAUCAGUCAUCGCAGAAAGAAUCUCACACGCGGUGGAAACCUACGGCCUACUUCCGACCAGCCACUUUGGGGCUCGUAAGCAGCGGUCAGCGGAGCAAGCUCUCUUACUUUUGCAAGAGCAAAUCUACGCGGCAUGGCGUGGCCGACGGGUCUUGAGCCUGAUCAGUUUCGACGUUAAAGGAGCCUACAAUGGGGUCUGUAAGGAACGAUUGCUCCAGAGGAUGAAAGCGCGAGGUAUACCCGAAGUUCUGCUUCGGUGGGUUGAGGCGUUCUGCUCGAAGCGAACGGCGACCAUCCAAAUCAAUGGGCAAGCAUCUGAGGCCCAAAAUCUCCCACAGGCUGGACUGCCUCAGGGCUCACCCCUGUCCCCGAUCCUCUUCCUCUUCUUCAACGCAGACCUUGUACAGCGGCAGAUCGACGGCCAGGGAGGAGCGGUUGCUUUCGUGGAUGACUUCACCGCGUGGGUAACCGGACCGACUGCGCAGAGCAACCGGCAAGGUAUUGAAACAAUCGUCAAUGAAGCACUCGACUGGGAAAGAAGAAGUGGAGCGACUUUUGAAGUAGAGAAAACGGCCAUUAUACACUUCGCCCCCAAAGCCCACAAAUCGGACUCAGAGCCAUUCACCAUCAAGGGAGAGACCGUUGAACCCAGAGACCAUGUCAAGAUUCUUGGCGUCGUAAUGGAUACGAGACUCAAAUACAAGGAACACAUCGCGAGAGCAGCGUCCAAGGGCCUAGAUGCAGCGAUGGAGCUUCGACGACUUCGAGGUCUAACCCCAGCAGCAGCACGGCAGUUAUUCACCUCGACCGUGGCGCCGGUGGUGGACUAUGCCUCCAAUGUCUGGAUGCACUCUUUCAAGAAUAAGAAUAUCGGACCGAUCAACAGAGUACAAAGGGUAGGAGCACAAGCGAUUGUCGGGACAUUCCUCACAGUUGCGACCAGCGUAGCGGAAGCGGAGGCUCACAUCGCCACGGUCCAACACCGGCUCUGGAGACGAGCUGCGAAGAUGUGGACAGACAUGCACACCCUACCAGUCACCAAUCCCCUCCGCAGGAGUACAGCUCAGAUCAAGAAAUUCAGAAGAUACCACCGUUCGCCAUUGUAUCAGGUCGCAGACGCACUGAACAAUAUCGAGAUGGAAACACUGGAAACCAUCAAUCCAUUCACAUUGGCACCAUGGGAGGACCGUGUACAGGGCGAUGGUCAGGAUUUACCAGAGACACAGACCGAAAUGGGCGGAGUCAUGCGGAUCGCGGUCAGCAGUUCGGCGCGGAAUGACAUGGUAGGAUUCGGCGUGGCGAUUGAGAAGCAGCCACCUCGAACCGAGCAGAACCCAUACUCCGGUGAAUUGGCAGCAAUGGCAUACGCACUGAACACGCUACGGGGACUGAAACGGUGCAGGGUCACGCUGCUCACCAGCAACAAAGCGGCGGCACUCACGCUGAAGAAUCCUCGACAGCAGUCGGGCCAGGACCACACCUGCCAGAUAUACAAGUUGAUUCAAAGGCUACGGCGACACGAAAACCAGAUAGACAUCCGCUGGGUCCCGAUCAGCGAAGAUAAUCAAUUGCUAGGCUUAGCGAAAGAACAGGCCCGGGCCGCGACCCAAGAGGAUGCUACCCCUCAAGCACAUGUUCCGAGAAUGAAGUCAACCACACUGAAUGUCGCUCGAUCCCGAGCAGCCGCCGCCGCCGCCAGUAAAGCGCUACCAGAGAACGUAGGGAGACACUCCAAACGAGUGGAUGCAGCACUCCCAGGAAGACAUACCCGGCGGUUGUAUGAUCGAUUAUCGUGGAAAGAAGCGAGCGUGCUGGCUCAACUCCGGACUGGCAUGGCGAGACUCAAUGGAUACCUCUAUCGAAUCAAUGUCGCUGAGACGGAUCAGUGUGCAUGUGGACAAGCAAGAGAGACCGUGGAGCACUUCCUCUUUCGAUGUCAGAAGUGGAUCACGCACCGGACGGAAAUGCUGCAAUGUACCCAUACUCACCGAGGCAAUAUAUCCUUUUUCCUGGGCGGAAAAUCGCCUUUGGAUGACCAGGACUGGACGCCGAAUUUGGAAGCAGUGCGAGCCACAAUACGGUUUGCAAUCGCCACGGGCCGUCUCGACGCCACUUAA